UCUUCAACGUCCACACGCACUGGUUGCAGACGCCGACGACGUCGCAACUUAGUUUUGUACCCCGUAUAAGUAGGACGCCCUAAAAACGCGUUAAUCGCGUACACGACAACCAUGGAGGCCCUUCUCGACUUUUCACGGGAACCAUUCGAUGUCGAGCUCCUCGAUCGCGUCGUGAUGGCCUUUUACUCGGGCGCAGGCAGCGAGCAUCAAAUGGCACAACGCGUCUUAACCCAAUUCGAAGAACAUCCAGACUCUUGGUCGCGUGUCCCGGAUAUCUUAGAACGUUGCUCGUUCCAGCAGUCCAAGUACAUCGGUCUACAAAUUUUGGAGAAGCUCGUGCAAACUCGAUGGAAGAUGCUUCCAGAGGGUCAACGACAAGGGAUUCGAAAUUUCAUUGUUGGAGUGGUCGUCAAAGUCUCUUCCGAUGAGCAAACAAUGAGACGAGAGAAAUCAUAUGUCAACAAGCUCAACUUGGCAUUGGUUCAAAUUUUGAAGCAAGAAUGGCCACAUAAUUGGCCGACUUUUAUUCCCGAACUUGUCGAGUCGUCAAAGACUAACCUGUCCCUUUGCGAGAAUAACAUGGUUAUUCUCAAACUUCUGUCCGAGGAGAUUUUUGACUUUUCGGCCGAACAAAUGACCCAGGCAAAGACAAAGAACCUGAAGAACCAGAUGUGCGGCGAGUUCUCCGAGAUAUUCAAACUCUGCUCCGAAAUUCUCGAGGAGGCGCAGAAAACGUCACUCAUCAGAGCAACUUUGGAGACGCUUCUACGUUUCUUAAACUGGAUCCCACUAGGUUAUAUCUUUGAGACAACUAUAAUUGAUCUCCUAAUGACGAGGUUCCUCGAAGUUGCCGAUUUUCGAAACGUCACAUUGAAGUGCCUAGCGGAAAUUGCUGCCUUAAACGUAGGUCCGGAAUACGACCCCAAGUUUGUCAUUCUGUUUGCGAUGGUCAUGACAUCCGUCAACCGCAUGAUCCCACCAAAUACCAAUAUCGCUGAAGCAUACGCAAAUGCAAAUGACUCUGGACAGGAGUUGGUGUUAAACCUUGCGCUGUUCCUUACCAAUUUCCUCUCAAAUCACCUCCGAGCUGUCGAGACAGAGCAGAACCGCGAUGUCCUCCUGAACGCACACCUGUACAUGGUGAAAGUCUCUCAAGUAGACGAACGGGAGAUCUUCAAGAUCUGUCUGGAGUAUUGGCUAAAGCUCGUCGCUGAGUUGUAUGAGGAAAUCCAGAGUCUACCUAUUGGAGACUCGGGUCUCCUUAUGGGACUUAACUUAGGAAAUUCUUCCAUGCUUAAUAGCGUGAACCUACGGAAGAAUAUUUACAGUGACGUGCUUUCGAAUCUUCGACUGGUUGUUAUUGAAAAGAUGGUCAAGCCGGAAGAGGUCCUCGUCGUGGAGAAUGACGAAGGUGAAGUUGUCCGCGAGUUCAUGAAGGAGAGCGAUACCAUUGUCCUCUAUAAGUCUAUGCGUGAACUUCUCGUGUAUCUGACACAUCUGGACGUUCUCGACACGGAAAAUAUCCUGACGGAGAAGCUUGCAAAGCAAGUCGACGGUUCCGAAUGGUCGUGGAAUAACCUCAAUACACUGUGCUGGGCCAUCGGUUCUAUUUCUGGAGCUAUGAAUGAGGAGACGGAGAAGCGAUUCCUCGUGACUGUCAUAAAAGAACUUCUUGGGCUUGUUGAAAUGAAGCGUGGAAAGGACAACAAGGCGAUUGUUGCUUCCAACAUCAUGUAUAUUGUCGGCCAAUAUCCACGUUUCCUCAAAGCGCAUUGGAAGUUCCUGAAGACUGUGGUCAAUAAGCUCUUCGAGUUUAUGCACGAGACGCAUGAAGGAGUACAAGAUAUGGCCUGUGAUACUUUCAUCAAGAUCGCGCAGAAAUGCAGGCGACACUUCGUCAUGCAGCAAUCUGGGGAGACAGAGCCAUUCGUGGAUGAGAUCCUGCGCUCCCUGCACCGCAUUACCGUCGAUCUCGCUCCUUUGCAAGUGCAUACAUUCUACGAGGCAGUUGGUUACAUGAUUUCCGCGCAGCCGAAUAAACCGCAGCAGGAAAAAUUAAUAGCAAAGCUCAUGGAAUUACCCAAUAAUGCUUGGGAUUCCCUGAUGGCGCAGGCAGCGCAGAACAUGGAUGUGCUCAGCAGCAUCGAUAACAUCAAGAUUCUCGCCAAUGUACUCAAAACAAAUGUUGCAGCCUGCCAGUCGAUUGGAAGCUUUUUCCUACCACAAUUAGGACGCAUAUUCAUGGAUAUGCUUGGACUCUACAAGGCCGUUAGCGGCAUUAUUAGCGAAUCUGUCGCUCGGGAAGGUCUCAUCGCCACUAAGACUCCGAAAGUUCGCCAAUUGCGCACCGUCAAAAAAGAAAUCCUCAAGCUCAUGGAGACCUAUAUAAAAAAGGCGGAGGAUUUAGAUGCCGUGUACAACAACUUUAUCCCCCCAUUAUUAGACGCAAUUCUCGGGGAUUACAGUGCGAACGUACCUGCAGCUCGUGAUGCUGAAGUUCUCAAUGUGAUGGCCGCCAUCACUACACGCCUUGGGCCACUUCUUACUCCACAGAUUCCUCCAGUUCUGGAUGCUGUCUUCGAGCCAACUCUGAGCAUGAUCAAUCAGGACUUUUCCGAGUAUCCUGAACACCGUGUCGGAUUCUUCAAGCUUCUACGAGCCAUCAACAUUAACUGCUUCCCAGCAUUACUUGGGUUGCCUCCACCAACGUUCAAGAUGUUUAUGGAUAGCAUUAUUUGGGCUAUCAAGCAUACCAUGCGGGAUAUUGCUGACAUGGGCUUGAAUCUCUGUCUUGAAGUUGUUAACAACUUCGCUGCAGCAGAACAAUCCGUCUCAAACGCUUUCUUCCAGCAGUUCUUCCUGAGUAUCACACAGGACAUUUUCUACGUCUUAACCGAUACGGACCACAAGAGCGGCUUCAAACUACAGAGUUUGCUAUUGGCACGGUUAUUCCAAUUAGUAGAGACGAACCAAAUCCAGGCGCCGUUGUUUGACCCAUCAACGGUGGCGGAUCCUAACAUCUCCAAUGCGGUCUUCCUUCGCGAGUACUGCACCAACCUCCUCAAGACAGCAUUCCCGCACAUGCAAUUGGCCCAAGUACAGGCAUUCGUCGUAAGCCUUGGCGAGCUGCACAGCGAUAUCAACCGCUUCAAGCUCUCCUUGCGCGACUUCCUCAUCUCACUAAAGGAGUUCUCCGGAGAUAACGCUGAGUUGUUCUUAGAAGAGAAGGAAGCAGAAGCUCAGAGGAAGGCGGAGGAAGAACGUAGUGCGGCGAUGCGCAUUCCCGGAAUGUUGAAACCUUCGCAGAUCGAAGACAAGGAUGAGGAUAUCUAACCUAUGGGUCACUAUCAAACUGCUGUUUUAUGUUCAUUCUUCAAACACACCGACCUAUCCUAUUCCUACUAGGACAUCGUGUAGACUCGUCUUGCAUUUCCUCGAUUCCUUUUUUCUACCAUCCGCCAAGUCUUUCUACAUUUUCCUGUUACGAUGUUAUUGUUCACCUGCUAUCGAGCUUUCCGUCUUUGGCUCCUUGAAAUGUAAAUUAGAACCAAAUGCUUGUAGCGUUU